UUCCAAGUAAGCCAGUCGUUUGAGUAAAUUAUCAUUUAUCAGAAUAAUUGCGCUAUUAAUGUGGUUUAUUAAGCACGUAAUCACGCUAUAUCUUCUUCAUACGGUACUCACGGAGAAUGUGGACUCCCACAAGAGACAAAAGAGAUACCUUAUAUUUACACCUUUUACACAAUAUGGAGUAUUCGUGACAGUGUCCAUCCCACUCCCUCAUCCAGAGAACCUUGUGUCUGUGGCGUGGUUCAUAGAAGCUAACUACUACACUGUGGACAACGCAACAUACUUGGAACCUCUUCUUGGUGAUAUUGGCGAUGUACCUACAGUCCGUCAUCAACGAAGUACCAAAAACAAGAACAGUACGAUCACCAGACGCAGCGUUUACACCUUCAUCGAAGCUAUGCUUGAACGGCACAAUUACCCCGGCCGGGCGUGCCUGCUUAGGGGCAUUUGCGACAGCGCCUCGCAGUUCCUGCAUAACGGCGUGCUGGGCGAUUUACUGCACCUUGUGCUCACGCCUUCAACGUCGAUGUCAGAAGAGGACAUAGAAGAUUUCUACUAUGAAGCGGAGUACUGGGGCCUGGAGGGGAAAUGUGGGGACUACAUCAACGCGUGCCCUGACAACCCUAUCGAUCGUAUAUCUAUAGGUUUAGAAUAA